AUGGAGUUUUGCUGUGAAUGGAACGUGUUCAUUGAUGUUUCUCAGGAAGUGAUGAGUGACGAAGCAGAGGAGUUUGCUGUAGGGCCUGAAAACCAAAUGGAACUUUGUGGAGAACCCGAGAGUCCCUCUUUAUCUGAGGAAAAGCCGAGCAUGGGCCUGCUGCCAAUGAAACAGGACGAAGAGGGAGAAUCCCAUUCCGGGGCCCUAUCCAUGUCCGUGGAAGAUAGUGCUACUGUCACUCACGAUGUCCACGAGGAGAAGACAGAAAAUAAUCAAACCCCACCUAAUGGCUUCUUGCCAAAAUCUGCUGCACCAGAGCUUAUGAAUAUGGCAGCAGAUGAUCUUCCACCCAAGCAAUUUGAUUCUGUGUCUGAUGACUUCACUAGUCUCAGCAAAGAUGACCUAACUGACAAACCUGGUAGUAAUACAGCUGAAAGAGGAACCCAAACCUGCAGUGUCUCCGUAGGUGAUUCAAAAGCCACAGUAAUGCCUUCAACGGGAACUGUGCCACAUACAUUGCAAAUAAGUCCUGCUAUGGCACAGAAAAUUAAUGAUGAUAUAAAAUAUCAAUUAAUGAAAGAAGUUCGGAGGUUUGGACAAAAGUAUGAAAGAAUUUUCACUUUGCUUGAAGGAGUGCAAGGACCUCUUGAGGUCAAGAAACAAUUUGUUGAAUUUACCAUCAAGGAAGCUACAAGGUUUAAAAGAGGAGUCUUAAUUCAGCAACUUGAGAAGUUCCUAGAAAAAGUAGAAUCCGACCGUCUUGGCAACGGAGUUAAUCACAAGAAAAACAGAUAAUUGUGUUGCAAAGAUGGAUGAGAA